CAUUGCAGACGUUGUUCGGUGCAGAUGCGCAUGCGCUGACCGAUAAUUCUUUCACGCUUUCUGCGGUGCGUGUGUCUUUAGUGGAGGUCAUAGACAUAACUGACAUAACAAGCUGCAAUGGCAAAAUUGUUUGAAUCUAUUGGGAAGUUGGGCCUGGCCCUCGCCGUCGGAGGAGGUGUUAUGAACUCCGCUCUUUUCAAUGUUGAUGCUGGGCAUCAGGCAGUAAUAUUUGACAGGUUUAGAGGAGUACAAGAGACAGUAGUUGGGGAGGGAACCCACUUCCUCAUCCCAUGGGUCCAGAAGCCGAUCAUCUUUGACUGCCGUUCACGACCCCGCAACGUCCCCGUCAUCACUGGUAGCAAAGAUUUGCAGAACGUCAACAUCACACUGCGUAUCCUGUUCAGGCCGGUUACCAGCCAGCUCCCAAGAAUCUUCACCAGCAUCGGGGAGGACUACGAUGAGAGGGUGUUGCCCUCUAUUACAACAGAGGUCCUUAAGAGUGUAGUGGCUCGGUUCGAUGCCGGCGAGCUGAUCACACAGAGAGAGCUGGUGUCUCGGCAGGUCAGCGAGGACCUGACGGAAAGGGCCAACACCUUUGGCCUCAUCUUGGACGAUGUAUCCCUGACGCAUUUGACCUUCGGCAAGGAGUUCACAGAAGCUGUUGAGAUGAAGCAGGUGGCCCAACAGGAGGCUGAGAGGGCUCGUUUUGUGGUGGAAAAGGCAGAGCAGCAGAAGCAGGCUGCCAUCAUCUCGGCGGAGGGCGACUCCCAAGCCGCUCUGCUCAUCGCCAACUCCCUGCAGGAGGCCGGAGACGGACUGGUGGAGCUGCGUAAGUUGGAGGCGGCCGAGGAUAUCGCCCUUCUGCUGUCCCGCUCCCGGAACAUCACCUACCUUCCCGCUGGCCAGGGCACACUGCUCCAGCUUCCCCAGUGAUGAGCGCUCUCCGAAGUCGCCCUCACGGCCAUAUGGGGGGCCGUGGAAAUGGUCUCUAGGGAAUUAAAGAAACGUCACGCCGACCCCCACCUUCCCUCACUCUCCCAUCUGCAAUGGACUGGGUACUGCUCUAGGGGAGAGUGAGGGGAUGUUGAAGAUGGGAUGGGGAAUAGAGUAUGGGUAUCAAGGAGUGGCAAUGUGAGUGUACGUGUAGAAAUGGUUUUAUUUGAUUUCUUCAUGCAAGGCAAUAUACAUAUACUACUUAAUCAGUCAAGCUUAGUGGGCAAUCCAGUUGCUUCUCUUUUUCAAGAUUUGUUUAUGUGCCGUUUACUUUCAAUGCACUGCAUAUGAUUUAAGAUGGAAAGAGAAAAUGUUAAUUUUGGUCAAGAGUUCAACUCGGAACCAACAUUAAAUGGAAUAUACCGUUUAUCUUACUGUCUGGAUUGUAUGGAUCUAACUGGCUCACCUGUGUAUUAACACUUUUUUUUGAUUUCCUUGUCCAUCGUGUCUUGCUGGAAAUGAUAUUCCCAUGACCAAGACCAUCAGGUGGAAAGAAUCAAGUCAGGCAGAGUGUUCUUUGCCUCGGCCCAGUUGGUCCUCGCGUUGUCAUUGUGUCAGGUUAUUUAAGCUUUGCAUUCCAAAAUAGCCUAGAGAAAUAAAAUAAUGUUAUCUUUCUACUUCUCAAGGACGUAUGCUAUGUAUUUGAGGUAGGCCGAGCUGUACUGACUGACCGUAAACUCUUAAUGGUUGGAGGGUUGACAAUCACCCAGUACAUUAACAUAAUUCGUUUUGUUUACUGCUGUUUUCCUAAUUGAUCUAGUAAGAUAUUUUCUCUUUUGAACAUUUAUUUUAGAAUGAGACCGAUACCAUGAGACAUUUAUCGUGGUCUCCUUCAGAAAAUUUCCGAUGCAAGCUUGAAAUGUAGCAUCUCAGUGAUUUAAAGUCAAUCUCCUAUAUAAUAUUACUUUAAGAAAAAUAUACCCGUUUCUGCAUAUAUAUGAACCCUUGUAGGGAAAUAGGUGUUUUUAGAGAACACAUUGUUAAUGUUCAUGUAGGGGAAAUUAGGUUAUUGUAGCCUGACAAAUUGUAAUACCGAGCACGCGCAUCGUGCGCUGUCUGGUGUGGAGACGAAACCAUUAAACCCGGGAUGUGAUGUAGACACCGUGUGCGCGCCCACUCAGCGGCCUGUCCUGUGAAUGCUUGCGAUGUGCGCGGGACGUUGGUACGCGCGAGACCUGGGCCACGUAGCGAUGGCUUUACAGCGGUCUAGAGAAUCGCAGGUACGAGUGUAUUUAUGUAGAAUACAGUAUAAGUGCCUUGUAAACUAAUCAUAGAAGUAGCAUUGUCAAUGCACUUUAUGCCGAACGGAAAGGCUCGUGCGUUACACUGAAUCUGUGCAACUCUGAUUGCAUGCAUGCAAGAAGGAGGGCGCUCGCGACGAAGGUAAAGCAGAAAAUGGACACAAACCUGUUUACAAGUUAUUUCGGAUAUUUACACGUGACAAUCAGAAAUGAUGCAAGCGAAAGCCGUGGGUAUGUAAAUUGCAGUAGUUUGAUUAGCUUUAUUGUAAAUUAUGCAUGAGCCAUGUCAGGGUUGACUUUCUGACAUUGUCCAGUUCAAUGGGUUUGUCAGCAAAGCACGGUCUGUUUUUCUUCUCAGGAACGCGUUUUCUUUACAUUGCACGACACGAUGUUCCCCUUAUAAAUAAAUAUUGUUUGUAUUUUGUGGUGGCUUGAUAUCUACAUCCCCUAUAUCUAUCAUUAAUUCAGAAACGCGUCUCAGUUAAGAUACGGCUGGAAAGUUUGCUACAUUUCCUAACGUUAUUAUCUGCUACAUGCUAGGCAAGCUAGCUAUAAUCUCUGAGGUUUGGGGUUAAAAAGUUAGUCGUUUAGCUGUUCAUGAAUUAUAUAAUUCAGUUUACACUGAUCGUAAGCUUGUUUGGUGUAGGAUUACAUUAUAUUUCACGCCAUGUAACCUUAUAUAAUUUCAAUUUAAUUGUUGCAUUUCAAGCUAACCAUGUUAGCUUUUCUUGUGCGUCCCACUUACUGUGUAUUGGGAAAGCUAACUAGUUGGUCAGGCCUGCCCAAUGUGGGCAUGACUCCUUCUAUAAUUUUGGAACUUUUUAUUUCAGCCAUUUCGUUUUUUAACAUACUAUGAAUCAAGCCAUACGCAAUGAGGCACACGUCUUUUAUGUUUCUAUUUUAUUUAAUUGACAGCUUGAAGUAAUUACUCAAAUUAGAAUUACUAGUCGUAAUAGCAUUAGAUUUGCAGUCACUUAUUUGAAUGUAUCUUUGUUUCUUUGUAGAUUGGCAGUGUUAUAUUAGGUAAAACGAGAGCGCAAGCUUAUUGUUUUUGAUUGAUUAAUGAGAAGAUCCCUCAAUCUAUAAUGAAUCAGUGUAUAUUUUACGAGACCUUUUUGUUUAUACUGUUUUUAUCAAAUAAAUGUCACUUUAUAUUGAAGGCUGGGGCAUCCUACUCAUCAAACACUAAAGUCACAGGUUCAAGCCUUUGACCUCACAGGAGACUUGCUAGACAAGCUCCCACAGAGAAAGGGUAUGGGGCUCCACACACUUGUUUAAGUUCUUAUGAGUUCAGCAGGAGUGAGGAAUGUGAACCCUCUCAUUUCGAUCAAGGCUGUGAGUUUGAAAGCUCAUUAAAAGUUGAGACAAAGAUUCAGCGUAGGCCUCGACAUGUAAAGGAGUAAUGCUUUGCCAUUGAGGGUGAAGGCGCUUAAUUUGUUCACUACUUAAAAAAAAAACAUCCUAGCAGCUUUUAAAGAAACUAGUAUUUUUGUACAAAUAUACUUAAAUGCAACUACUGUUUUUCAACGAUUUUGUGUAAACAACUUUCAACCUAUGCAUAGAACCUUUGCAUAGGAACUCUUACUUUGCUUUAGUUUGAUAUUCAGCAAGCAAAACUGAUCGCAAGAGGUGAUGCAAAUAACCACUGAUACUGCUCCCACUUCCCACAUCAAAGGGCUUCGCUUCGCCAUUUCACUAUAAGUGAAACUCUGAAAUGAGUCACACCAUGGCAAUCACAUGUAUUGGUCUUAGUGAUUGCACACCCAAAUGUGUAAUUUUAAAGUUGAUUAUAGGCAAGAUCCAGUCAUGCCUGUAAAGAGUGGUGGCUUUAAAUAAUAAUGGGAUUAAAUAAUAAUGUAUGUGCAAGGAUUAGUUACUGUCCUGACAUUAAAGUAAUAUUGUAUUGAUCAGUGUUAACAUACGUCAAAAGAUUAGGCUUGGCAGCAUCUUGGAAUCAGGUGGUGAGAGCUGUAGGAUUUGCAAUGCAUUGUUAUUUUGUUUGUUGUUCGGCUUUCCACAAACACAAUGAUCUAUUGAGUUCAAACGCGAUGUUGCAGAGUUUUUUUGGUCGUGUGAAAUUGGCCCUCCCUCUGUGGUCUUCUAAACACCUCUGAGAGCUGCUGCCCUAUUCUGAGAAAGGAUAAGAGUCAACAUGUACAGGAAGACAGGUGUGGGGCUGCUGCUGCAACUGUAAGAGUUGUAACAAAGUGGUGUAAAAGGUGUAGUAUACAGAUAUCCUCUAAAAGUCGUUUUUAUUAUUAAAGCAUUAUUAAUAGGA